AUGUACCUGAGGGGAAAAGAUCACAUCGACAUCAUCAUUGGAGUUUAUGUUGAUGAUCUAAUUGUAACAGGGGAUGAUUCGGAGGCGAUUACUGCAUUCAAGCAACAUAUGAUGGCUGAGUUCGAGAUGAGCAACCUCGGCCUGCUCACCAAUUACCUUGGGAUUGAGGUGGCUCAAGGCGAAGACGGUAUCCAGAUGACGCAGACAGCCUAUGCCAAGAAGGUGUUAAUGCAAUUUGGUAUGCUUGAUUGUAAUCCCACAAAACUUCCCAUGGAACCAAGGUCGCAGUUGCACAAGGAUCCCGAUGGACAGUCGGUGGAUGCAACAGAGUAUCGACGAGUUAUAGGAUGUCUGAGAGCAAGGGGAGAAGAGGUGAUUGUUGGGUUUACGGAUAAUGACUUGGCGGGCGACGUCGAUGACCGGAAAAGCACCGGAGGCAUGGCAUUCUAUGUAAAUGAAAGCCUAGUCUCAUGGCACUCGCAGAAGUAG